GAGGGUGGAGGUAGCGCGCCGCCGGCGGCGGGGCUGUAGCUCUUGGCUCUGGCGGCGGCGCUAUCCUCGGAGCCUCUGCGCGUCUCCUAGCCGCUUCCUAGCGGCGCGGGCGGCCACGCUUAAAAUGACAAAUGUGUAAUCUCCGUGGAAUAAAUGGCGUCCAAAGUCACAGAUGCUAUAGUCUGGUAUCAAAAGAAGAUUGGAGCCUAUGAUCAACAAAUAUGGGAAAAAUCUGUUGAACAGAGAGAAAUCAAGGGGUUAAGGAAUAAACCAAAGAAAACUGCACAUGUGAAACCGGACCUCAUAGAUGUUGAUCUUGUGAGAGGGUCUGCGUUUGCUAAGGCAAAGCCUGAAAGUCCUUGGACUUCUCUGACUAGAAAAGGAAUUGUUCGAGUUGUAUUUUUUCCCUUCUUCUUCCGGUGGUGGUUACAAGUAACAUCGAAGGUCAUCUUUUCCUGGCUUCUUGUCCUCUAUCUUCUUCAAGUUGCUGCAAUAGUAUUAUUCUGUUCCGCUCCUAGCCCACAUAGCAUACCUCUAACUGAAGUGAUUGGGCCAAUAUGGCUGAUGCUGCUCUUGGGGACUGUGCAUUGCCAGAUUGUUUCAACAAGAACACCCAAACCUCCUCUAAGCACAGGUGGUAAAAGAAGAAGGAAAUUAAGGAAAGCAGCUCAUCUGGAAGUACAUAGGGAAGGAGACGGCUCCAGUACCACUGACAACACCCAGGAGGGCGUGGUGCAGAGCCACGGUGCAGGCGCCUCCUACAGUGUCGGUGCAGUCUUCAGAGAUCUCUGGCAUGCUGCUUUCUUUUUAUCAGGGUCAAAGAAAGCAAAGAGUUCAAUCGACAAGUCAACUGAGACUGACAAUGGCUAUGUGUCCCUCGAUGGGAAGAAGAGUGUACAAAGCAGUGAGGGCAGGCCACGGGACCAUGAAGCUCAGUGUGAAACUAUCCGACCAGAAAACACAGCCUGGGCCACUGCAGCUCCAAGGAAUGUCCCUGCCAAAGAUGCCCAAAGAAAGAUAACAAAUGUCUCUGAUGAAGUAUCCAGUGAGGAAGGUCCUGAGACAGGAUACUCAUUGCGCUGUCACAUGGACAGAACUUCUGAAAGCAGUCUUCGGAAUAGAAAGCCACACCAUUACAAAAAGCAUUAUGCAAAUGAGGAUGCCCCUAAGUCGGGUACUAGUUGCAGCUCUCGAUGUUCAAGUUCCAGACAGGAUUCUGAGAGCACAAGGCCAGAAUCUGAAACGGAAGAUGUCUUAUGGGAAGAUUUGUUACAUUGUGCAGAAUGUCAUUCAUCUUGUACCAGUGAGACAGAUGUGGGAAAUCCUCAGAUUAACCCAUGUGUGAAAAAAGAAUAUAGAGACGACCCCUUUCACCAGAGUCAUUUGCCCUGGCUUCAUAGUUCCCACCCAGGAUUAGAAAAAAUCAGUGCUAUAGUGUGGGAAGGCAAUGACUGUAAGAAAGCAGACAUGUCUGUACUUGAAAUCAGUGGAAUGAUAAUGAACAGAGUGAACAACCAUGUACCAGGUAUAGGAUAUCAGAUAUUUGGAAAUGCCAUCUCCCUGAUCCUGGGCUUAACUCCAUUUGUUUUCCGACUGUCCCAAGCAACAGACUUGGAGCAACUCACAGCCCAUUCUGCCUCAGAACUUUAUGUGAUUGCAUUUGGUUCUAACGAAGAUGUCAUGGUUCUUUCUAUGGUACUAAUAAGUUUUGUGGUUCGAGUAUCUCUUGUAUGGAUCUUCUUUUUUUUGCUGUGUGUAGCAGAAAGAACAUAUAAACAACGAUUACUUUUUGCAAAACUCUUUGGACAUUUGACAUCUGCAAGGAGAGCUCGGAAGUCUGAGGUUCCUCAUUUCCGGUUGAAGAAAGUACAGAAUAUAAAAAUGUGGCUGUCUCUCCGUUCCUAUCUUAAGCGUCGAGGUCCUCAGAGAUCAGUUGAUGUCAUUGUUUCGUCUGCUUUCUUACUGACAAUUUCAGUUGUGUUUAUCUGUUGUGCUCAGCUGCUCCAUGUGCAUGAGAUCUUCCUGGACUGUCAUUACAACUGGGAGCUGGUGAUCUGGUGCAUCUCCUUAACACUGUUCCUCCUGCGGUUCGUGCUUCUUGGAUCAGAAACAAGUAAAAAAUACAGCAAUACCUCAAUACUACUUACAGAGCAGAUAAACCUCUACUUGAAAAUGGAGAAGAAACCUAACAAAAAGGAGGAACUGACACUUGUGAAUAAUGUUUUAAAACUGGCUACUAAACUAUUGAAGGAACUGGACAGUCCCUUUAGGUUGUAUGGACUCACAAUGAACCCGCUGCUGUACAACAUUACCCAGGUUGUCAUCCUGUCAGCUGUUUCUGGUGUCAUCAGUGACUUGCUUGGAUUUAAUUUAAAGCUGUGGAAGAUUAAAUCAUGACAGUUAGAGAUGAAGACGUGGCUCGUUUCCCAGAACGUGAGUGCUGAUGAAGCUGUCUGAACGCCAGUCACUGGCUCUGCUCUGGAGUCUGCUGGGAACGAAGUGUUUACAUCAGGCUGUACUGUGCAAUUCUUAUAUUUAUUUUGCUUGUUUACUGUUUUUGUUGUUGUGUGUGUGUGUUUCUUUCAUUCUUUCUUUUUUACAUUUUAGUCUGUUUGAAGCAUUGAAGUUCUUAGUUGUUGAAAGGGUGACAAAACUGAUCCAGAUACUUGAGGUCCUGGUAAUUGUUCAUACAAAUUGACAAACAAAUUGUGAAAAUAGAAGCCAUUGCUAAGCACUGUUUCUCCAUCAAUGCCGUGAACUUGCCUUACCUGAUGAAGACUUCAGCUCUGAAAUAGUGCGCUGCACUUAGCUAAACACAUAGAGCGUGUUGUUUGGUAAACCACGAUCCUCUCAGGAUCACUUUUGAAAUAUUUCGAACAAUGCUGGGAUCUAAACAGAUUAAGCUGCAGUUGAAGCACCCUUCAGUAUUAACAUGUGGUAUUAUGUAACAGGUCAACAAGUGCUCUUUGAUAAUAAAACUCUUAAUGGAGCAAUAAUUGUAAAUGGUUACCAUACUGUAAAAUAUUUUGAUAAAAAUUAAUUAGUAUUAAAUGUAUUUAUUUGAAACACUGA